AGAAUGCGGUGCUGGAAGCCACAUGGGACCGCAGCUCUCCCGCACUGCAUUCUAGGCGCAGUGCAUUGUGGGGAGUGGCAGGCGAAUAGCCAAUGAACACACGAACCGCCCAUGUUUGAGUCGAACUUAUGUUCAACUCGAACAUGCAGCCCAUCACUAAUAAUAUACUUUCCUAUCUUUUUACUAAUGUUAGCAGCAUAGGGAUUAUAAAUAGUGUUGAUUUAGAGAGAUUUCCCAACCAGCGGUGGACUGACCAUUUGGAAACUCGGGCACUGCCCGAGGGCCCGGGGUCAGUAGGGGGCCCCAUGAGAUGCCCCUGGUACCUUUUUUCAUAGGCUUUUUUGAGUUUGGGCAAGGACACAGGGGCCCCAUGAUCCCCUAUUGCCCGGGGCCCCAU